UGACGCGCUGGCCAGACGGCGGACAUGACGUCGGAAGCCGCCUGCCGGCCGCCCAGCAGUGCCUUCAAGCUGAACGCCAUCUGCGAGAAACUCGCCCGCAGCUCGGACCCGGAAGACCUGGCUGUCCCCAUGGCAGCGGGCGGAGACGACGCCUGCGCCGACGAGGCGCCCGACGACCUCUGCUCACCGCGGGCGCCGCCCCCUCCUCUCCGGGACCCGACCGAAGAGGACGACCUCGACGACGAGAGGCCGCAAGCUGCCUUGAACGGGGCCUUAACCGACGACAAUUCGGACGACAACGAAGCUGACGACGACGUUCCGCAGGAACCUGCCCUGGUUGCCGUCAGCACAGCCGCCGCCGCCUCCUCGAUGCCCACGGGUGCCGCCUUCAGCGAAGUGCCUUGUCCCUGGCCGGACACUGAGAGUGCCUUGGACGGACGCAUGCGCAACAAGAGGAAGAACUUCCAGCCAAAGAACAUCGCCGCCGCCGUAUUCGCCGACUCUGACGAAGAUGAGGAAGAGGACGACGACGAGGAUGAGCGGGAGGACGCUGAGCAAGGCGUACAGACUCGGCCCCCACUGAUGCUGGCCUCGGCGCCGGAUGCCGCUCAAGACGGUGACGACGAAGACGAUGACGGUGCCCUGUCGCCAUCGGUGUGCUUCAAGGAAGCCGCCACGUCCUCAGUGACGACGCCUCCUCCACCAGUGCUGACGACCCGUUCGGAAGGUUUAGUUUCCAGCGCAGUUCGUGAGGAAGGACCCCUGGACCUAAGUGACUGUGGCUCGAUGCGCCGAAAGUUGCAGCAGCCCGUCAAACGGGUUCUGUUCAACAGUAGCGCGGUGUCCGCGGAGGGCGGAGGCCUGGCCUUGCCGAGGCUCUCCAGCUUUACAGAGGCCGUGGUGGACCUCAGUGGUGGGAGUGGUAGCGGUGCUGGUGGUAGCCGCAGGAACGAGGACGAUGACGAUGACGUGCCGACUUCCGUUGUGGAGGACGGCAGAUCGUCAUUGCCGUCUCCCUUGCGACAGCAGGCGCCCUGUAACGAACCGCCUGUGACCGCGGCCGGUGGUUCCUCGCCUUUUAUGGGCGGCUCACGGCAGCAUCACCUACACCAUCAUCAUCACCAUCACCAUCCGCAGCAGCAGUUGCCGCCUCAUCAGCAUCAACAACAGUCGCACCCACCGCAACCACAGCAGCUGCAGCAGCAACCACCUCCAGUUCAACAUCAGCAACAGCACCGAGCCGCUGAUGCUAGCCUUAUGAAGGACUACGCGGAAAACACGAUGAAGGAACUGCUGAGCAUGUACGGACUGCACGAUGUGGUCGAGUCCAUAACCAAGCAUGUGCCUCUACAUCACUUUUCCUCCGGCAAAAUCUUGGAGAGCAUGUCUCCGGGAGCUCUGCUAGGCACGCAAGCUUUCCUACAGAACAUCGAAGCCGUCGCCAGAGCCAAAGAUCAGGCGGCUGCGGCAGCGGCCGCCGCUGGUGCCAACAGCCAGCAACAGCAGCAGUCCGGAGGAACGGGCACAACGGCGGGAACUGGCGGUCCACCCGUGCUCGUCUCGUGCCUCGGCUCGGCGCAGCCCGGUCCGGGAGGGGCUCUGUCGGCGCCACCGCUGAGCCCGGCCUCUUCCAGCUGCGGCAGCACGGGUGCCUCCCUGACCGACGCGACCACGGCCGUGUCGGGCCGCGGCGCGCUUCCCCCGCGGUUAUCGCCCGCGCCGGCGGCCCCCUGCUCUGCCGACGUCUUGGCCAACAAGGGGACAUCGGCAGCCGGAUCCACUCCCGGGGACGUGGCCAACAAGGCGCUGCAAAUGGCUGCGGCCCAGUCGCUGCUUGGUAGUCAUGCGCAGGGGAUGCUUCCUCAGGACAUGGCGACCACUUUACUGACGCUGGCCACCCUGGGUGGCAAGAUGGCGCCCGAGGCGCUGAACAACACCCUCGCCGCUGGCGGCGUCCUGGCCAACGCUCCCGUCUCGUCAUCGUCUUCCAGCGGCGGUGGAAGCAGCCCGCUCGCAGCUGUACCCACCAUGAGCCAUGCGGCCGGUCUCAUGAGCACGAAUCUGGCAAACUGCCUUUCGGUGAAACUGGACCAGCCCAAGGUUCCACCCAUCGACUACUCCCGCUACGUGCGCAGGUACUCCAGCGCGACUCAGUGUGGCAGCAAUUACUGCAAGGACCUCAACUACAGGGAACACUUCCACUGCCUGGACUGCAACUCCAGGGUGUUUGUGAAGAAGGAGGAGAUGAUCCGCCACUUUAAGUGGCACAAAAAGCGAGACGAAUCCCUGCAGCACGGCUUCCUCCGCUACAGUCCCAUGGACGACUGCUCGGAAAAGUUCCCCAACUGUGCCCACAACAGGAAGCAGACGCAUUACCAUUGUCUAAAGGAUAACUGUGACAAGGUGUAUAUCAGCACAUCGGACGUACAAAUGCACGCGAAUUACCACCGCAAGGAUUCGGCCAUCAUUCAAGAAGGCUUCCAGAGGUUCCGUGCAACCGAGGACUGUAACACGCCGACGUGUCUCUUCUACGGGCAGAGGACCACGCACUUUCAUUGCCGCCGACCAGGAUGCAAGACCACCUUCAAGAACAAGGCUGAUAUCGAGAAGCACAAGACUUACCACAUCAAGGACGAGCAGUUGAACAAGGACGGCUUCAAGAAGUUCAUGAAACACGAGCACUGCUCGUACGAGAACUGUAGGUUCUCUCGCAUCUGCAACCACAUCCACUGCAUCCGGCCGGGGUGCAGCUACGUGCUCCAUUCCAGCGGGCAGCUGUACUCCCACAAGCGCAAACACGAGCGCCAGGACACCGAGAUGGCCUACCGCAAGUUCAAGCUGGCCCAGAGUAUGCUCAAGAGCUACGGGCAGCCCGGCGACCUACCUCCCGGAAUCACCGCCGAACAGCUGGCCCUGUGCGAGCAGAGCUUGAGCAGCUCGCCCGUGCAGAGCAUGUUCCCCGGUGGCAUACCCUCCGGAACGUCGCCGCUUCAGCAGGGUGCCAACGUCGGCACCGCUACGCCCGUGACGACUGCGUCUGGAGGAGUAGGAAGCCUGGGCCCCGUCGCUGACCCCAAGGGUUUCGUCGGGAACCACCACCAGCCGCAACAGCAGGCGCUGUCCUUCGACAGCAGCAAGCAGCUCGGCACCAUGGGCCUCAGCAGUAAUGGCGGUAGCGGCUCGGCACCGCAGCCCGGCGCGUCCGACGCGAGCCAGCAGCCCAAAGCGCACAACAUGCUCGACCCGGCGUUCUUGUCGGCGUUCCUGCCCAACGCAUCGGGCGUGGGCGCCGCCAUGCACCCGGGUCUGGCGUUCAACUUUGCGACCAGUCAGGGCUUUGGCAGCAGCGCGAAAGAGGACGAGGGCUGCGCGCCGCCGAGCAACGGUCAGCGGGCGCUCGACGCCGCCAGAGAUGCGGGAAAAGUGGAGGAGACCUGGCAGCGGUACAUGGUCAGGUACUCGCCAACGGAUCUAUGCCGACCCGAAUGCGAGUUUAUCUACCGCGAGCAUUAUCACUGCACCACCGACAACUGUUCCAUGAUUUUUCCUGGAAAAGAUAUUGGAGGAGUCCAAGAACAUGCAAAAAAUCACGAGCAUCAGGACCAGAUCACACAGUGCUUCUACCACACCGUGGGAAAGAGCAUUGAUGGAGAAUGCCCACCUGAUUGCCCCUUCACAUUAAAGGAAAAGCACUAUCAUUGCCAAUGGGAUGGUUGCAGGGACAUUGUGAGCAGUACUGACAAGCCCUUUCGGCGGCUGGACCACUACAAGAUGCACGAGUACACGACCAAGUUGAGCAUGUCUAGGGACCAUUUCAGUGCCAUCCCGUCAGUGCCCAUAGACGGUGUCUUCAGGCGCAAGAGGGGACGGCCACCAAAGAACCGCAUGAUUGAGUUCCCACUCGGCCCCACUUCACCCCACCUGUCACAAGCCAUCUACGCGAGCUUCAAACUUCCCAAGCCUGGAUCUAGUCAAAGCAUGCCGACCCUUUUCCCAACGUUCCAAGGGCCAGGCGGCACCGGCGGACUCCCUGGCAUGCCCGGUCCUUCCAGCAUGCCUCGCAUGCCACUGGGCUCCGGAGGGAUGGACUUUACAGUUGAGAACCAACAGGCACUGCAGUUCCUGCAGCAGCAUCAACACAUCCAGGAGAAGUUGUUGGAGCAACAGGAGAAACACUCUGCCGAACAAGCUGCUUUGAUGGCUGUUAAAGCCGAGCCGAAAGAGUCGUCGGAGCUGGAGAGCUACGGCGCCGCGCACUACGCCGACUCCGUCGCAGCCGACGACAAAUCCGUACACGAGGGCUUCUUCAUGUUUCCGGAGAACAGCGUGUGUCCGGACAGUCUGUGCGCCUUCCUGCGUCAGCGGCACUUCCACUGCGUCCAGGCGCGGUGUCACUACGUGACCGACCGGGAAGACAUCCUCGUGCUUCAUUCCAAAGACUUCCACGACAAUAUCGACAUCAUCGAGGGAUUCGUCUUCUACGACCGAAGCGUCGACUGCCGACUUCCCGGUUGCCACAGCAACAAGGUCAACAGGCACUUCCACUGCACGCGACCCAACUGCAACUACUCAUUCGUCCGCUACUCGACCAUGAGUCUGCACGAACAGAAGCACUGCAGUCCUCAGCAGCACACGCAACAGCAGCUUAACAGCUCACCCUUACCGGAGGAAGAGGAAGAAGGGCCUUCGCCUCCGAAGAAGAGGUCCUGCUCGAGCGACGACGACCGGACCGCUAGUCCCGCCGCUAGUGACAGCUCCCAGAAGACGGUCGUCAAGUCCGCCGGAACCUUCUACCCGCUCUCCGCCUUCACGAAUAGCGGCGGCAAUAGCAACAGCAACAACAACAACAACAAUAGCGGCGCAGGCAAGACGGUCAAUGACAGUGGGAGCCACAACGAAGACGAAGAUGCGGAGAAGGAAAGGUUGCGCACAAGUCCGGCUUCCAGCACGGCCUCUUCGCUGCCUGAUACGGACCAGCAACCGCUCAUGAAACUGCUGAUGAAGCCGACUAUGGGCAGCAUCCCAGUGGCCAACAUGAUUCCGGGUAUAGAAAGACACGUCAUGUUCAGCGAGUGUGAGAACUGCGGGAGACCCUUCUGCAAGAAGAAGAAGCGAGACCACUUUCACUGCAACAUUUGUAGUCAGGCUUUCUCGAGCUUUUCUCGGCUUCGACUCCACGUGGGAAAACAUUCGGGUGUACCGAGUCCCGUGCCCGUGUACCCCGACGGCCGCACGACACCUUUGUCUGGGCAGUCUUCUCCAGUGUCCUCAACGGCGCAGGGAGACUCGGACGCCGAUGAGGAGCAAGAGGCGUCGGCACCUGGGCGCGCCGACUCUCCCUCCUCGAAAAGGUCAUCGCCUGACCAGAGGCCUCAGGGACCUCCUCAACUAGUGCCUCAGGGCUACCAACCUCCCACUAGCACCACAUCGAACAGCAACAACGAGGAUCAGCAGCAGCAGCAACAUGCAUUCUUCAACACACCUCCAAAGCUGAGCCUGCAGAACAUACAGAACAUGCAGAAUAUGCAGAACAUGCAGCACAUGUUCUGGCCGCCCGUCUCGUCACCCGGCAUGAUACCGGGCAUGGCGCCCCUGAACCCGGCUCUGCUGGGCCUGGGAGACAUGGCGGGCCAUCCCAAUAUCGACCUGCAGCACCUAGCGCUCAUGUGCCCGUCGGGAGACAUCUUCUACAACUCGGCGAACCAGAUGAACGCUGCCGCGGCUGCCGCCGCUGCUGCUGCAGCGGCCGCCGCGGCGACCGACCAGAAGCGGCCCCUGUUCGGCAACUGCAAAGGCGAAGAACCGCUCACCAUGGUGAGCGAGGCGAAGCGCAUGAAGAUGCCCAGCCUACGCAUCCUCAAGGAUGAGCCGGUACCCGAGGGCUACGUCCGCUUCCGCUUCAACGAGGACUGCGGCUACCGGCACUGCGGCUAUCGCGAGCACCAGACGCACUUCCACUGCACUCGCAAGGACUGCGGCUACAGCUUCUGCGACAAGACGCGCUUCGUGCAGCACACGGCGCGACACGAGCGUCUCGACACGCUCAUGGGCGGCGACUUCCGCCAGUUCCGCGCCAACGUGCACUGCGGUCGCGCCGACUGCCCGCACGCCGCGAGCCAGGCGGCGGCCAACGGACCCGGCGGCAUGGGCAGCGGCAGCAACAAGGCGUCGCACUUCCACUGCCUCAAGUGCGACUUCGUCUGCACGGACACCAACAAGGUGGUCGCGCACCGCAGGCAGCACGCCAAGCUGGACAGCAUCAACGCCGCGGGCUUCGAGAAGUAUACGCCCUCGCAGAACUGCGGCGUCGACAGCUGCAACUACAACGCGAAGCAGACGCACUACCACUGCCUCAAGUGCCAAUACGCGGUGCUGGGCCUGUCGCAGAUGUCUUCGCACAAGUACCGCCACAUGGACUGAUUGACUGAUGGCGCUGACGGGCAGCGUCCGUGACGCGCUGCGCGAGCCGGUCCCGUGUACUCGGCACUUCUGUGGUGGUGGCUGAGAAGACUUGUCUCCUCUGCCCA